GGGCUGUGUGCCAAGCUCACUGGCAAACCACCCCAGCCAGCACCAUCUGACCCUGUCUCCCGGUGCCACCAUGCUGGCCUCAGGGCUGCUUCUGGUGGCUUUGCUCACCUGCCUGACAGUAAUGGCCUUGAUGUCUGUCUGGAGGCAGAAGAAACUCGGGGGGAAGCUCCCUCCAGGACCCACCCCGUUGCCUUUCCUCGGGAACUACCUGCAGCUGAACACACAGCAGAUGUACAACUCUCUCAUGAAGCUCAGGGAGCGCUAUGGCCCGGUGUUCACGGUCCACGUGGGACCCCGGCGCAUCGUGGUGCUGUGUGGACACGAGGUGGUGAAGGAGGCUCUGGUGGACCAGGCUGAGGAAUUCAGCGGGCGAGGUGAACAGGCCACCUUCGACUGGCUCUUCAAAGGCUAUGGCGUGGCGUUCAGCAAUGGGGAGCGCGCCAAGCAGCUCCGGCGCUUCUCCAUCACUACGCUGCGGGACUUUGGAGUGGGCAAGCGCGGCAUUGAGGAGCGCAUCCAGGAGGAGGCGGGCUUCCUCAUCGAGGCCCUCCGGGACACGCGUGGUGCCUUCAUCGAUCCCACCUUCUUCCUGAGCCGAACAGUGUCCAAUGUCAUCAGCUCCAUUGUCUUUGGGGACCGCUUUGACUAUGAGGACAAAGAGUUCCUGUCACUGCUGCGUAUGAUGCUGGGAAGCUUCCAGUUCACAGCUACCUCUAUGGGGCAGCUCUAUGAGAUGUUCUAUUCAGUGAUGAAACACCUGCCAGGACCACAGCAACAGGCAUUUAAGGAGCUGCAGGGUCUGGAGGAUUUCAUAGCCAAGAAGGUGGAGCAGAACCAACGCACCCUGGACCCCAACUCACCGAGGGACUUCAUCGACUCCUUCCUCAUCCGCAUGCAGGAGGAGCAGAACAACCCCAACACGGAGUUCUACAUGAAGAACCUGGUGCUGACCACACUGAACCUCUUCUUUGCGGGCACCGAGACGGUCAGCACAACCCUGCGGUACGGGUUCCUGCUGCUCAUGAAGCACCCAGAUGUGGAGGCCAAGGUCCAUGAGGAGAUUGACCGAGUGAUUGGCAAGAACCGUCAGCCCAAGUUCGAGGAUCGGGCCAAGAUGCCCUACACAGAGGCAGUGAUCCACGAGAUCCAAAGAUUUGGAGACAUAAUCCCCAUGGGCGUGGCCCGCAGAGUCACCAAAGACACCGGGUUUCGAGAGUUCCUCCUCCCCAAGGGGACCGAAGUGUUCCCUAUGCUGGGCUCCGUGCUGAGAGACCCCAAGUUCUUCUCCAACCCCCGAGGCUUCCACCCCCAACACUUCCUGGAUGAGAAUGGGCAGUUUAAGAAGAGUGAUGCUUUUGUGCCCUUCUCCAUUGGAAAGCGGUACUGUUUUGGAGAAGGCCUGGCUAGAAUGGAGCUCUUUCUCUUCCUCACCAACAUCUUGCAGAACUUCCGCUUCAAGUCCCCGCAGCUGCCCAAAGACAUCGACGUGUCCCCCAAGCUCGUGGGCUUUGCUACCAUCCCACGAAAUUACACCAUGAGCUUCCAGCCUCGCUGAAGGAGGGGCUAUGCGAGGGCAGGGCUGGGGGGAAGAGCAUGGUGGAGGGAGGGAUUAGGGGUGGGACUACUGAUAAGGGUGGGAUUAAGGGAGGGGCGGGGCUAGAAGGAGGGAGGUGGCUUAGGAGGAAGGAAGGUGCAAGGUGAAUAGGAGAGGAAGAUGAAAGGAAUGGACCCUGUCUGUUGACCUUGCUAGAGAUAGAUCUUUAAGAGGUGGGGUAAGAGGGAGAACCUCUCACUACACU